UUGAUGUCCCAGCAUGCCUACAUCCUAACAGGAAGUGUUACCGUUAGCAACCUAAAUGUUCUGGUAGACAAGGUCUUAAAUCUGACCAAUAGGCUGCAGACGCUUUUUUUAGGACUUGGAAACAAUGAUCUCUCUCUAAUAAAGCAGACGGAACUGAAGGCCUUGACCUUUAGAUUAGGGUCAACUUUGGCCAACUCACAAGAGCUGGCUACCCAGAUGAAAGCGCAGGAUGUGUAUACAAACUACCUUUGUGGUUUACAAAAGUUUUUAACAUAUACGGAUUCCCAUACAGACAGUUGCACGUCUUACCUAAUCUCGGAGUUAGUGAAUCUAAAAAGUAACCAGCUAUCAAAUGUACAGAAUGUGCUUCAUUCUGCCCUAAAACUUGUACGUCCAGUCACUUGCAUGUUAAUGAAUAAAGUGAGGAAGGCAUAUGCUGUUAUUCACGAGCCAUCUAAAGUGUCGGAUAAUCCUAUCAAAUUUACUGCAGGGCUUACAGCAGCGGUCUUAUUAAUUGCCGAUAUUGAAAAUGUGUCCCGGAUUGAAAAUGUCAGAGUUCAGGUAAAGUAUCCUGAUACAACUGUAGCAUUGACCAUACCUUCAUCACAUGAUGUCCGUAAGAGAAGUGCCCUCGGUCAUAGACUAACAACACAUGUUCUUCUCUCACAUGGGCACUGGUCAGAAUCGUGCACAGUUGAAAUAGGUCUAGUGAUUCUUUCAUCAUCUGCUGCCAAAACAAAGUUCAAGACCAAAUCAGCCUCCAGUAGUGAAGAAGACAGUAAUGUCAUAGAACUCUGUAAACCUGUGAAAGUUCUUAUCUCACCUAAACCUCAUAAAAGAUAAAAGUAGAACAAAUGUGAACAUUAUAGUAAAAUAAAACUUGAAAGUUCUUAUCUCGCCUAAACCUCAUAAAAGAUAAAAGUAGAACAAAUGUGAACAUUAGUAAAAUAAAA